GAAGGGAUAUCGAGGUCCCUGCUGGAGCUUCUGAGCCAGAUUAUCAGGCAGCCUUGGGCCAAGAGGACAGCGAGCAACAGCCUGCACCUGUACGUCUGGGAGAAAUGUCUCCGGGCAUGUUGGAGCAGGGCGGGGUUCCGGCAGAGCCGGAGACGCCUGCCAACUUGUUUGUGGCAAGUCCUUUUCAUUCUGAGAAGGUGAAAUCAGAAGUGGAGCUUCUCAGAUCGAGACCGGCGACGUUGGAUGAUGACGGAAGGCGUGCUGGAAUCGAUUACGAUGAGGCAGCUCUUGGAGAUUCGAGCUUUUUGAGUGGCGGCAGGGAACCGGACUAUAGCUUAGCUGGCCAUGGACCUCGUGGAGGAGCUCCUAAGCUGGCCCGAGUGGAGAUAGCAGGCGAGCAUGCUGUUGAGCAGUCUGGUGAAGCCGAGGAGCAAAAGCCUGGCAUAGUUGAGGUGCAACCUGAGACUGGGCGAGGCUGGGAAAUUACUGGCAAGGGGCGGGGUGCAAAUCCGAGGGAUGGAUCCGCGAGCACUUUUGCUGGUGAGAAACCGGGAGCUUCAGACGCUCGAGAGCUCAUUCCUGACUCUGGUUUUUCCAGGAUGGAACAGAUGAUGUUGCAAGUGAUGCAGGAGAAUGCUGCACUGCGGCAGAGACUGGAAGCGGUGGAGUCUCAGUCAAGCGGCCUGAGUGGAGGAACCUGUGUGACAGCGCUCGAAGCUCAGGUCAGUUCGCCGAUGUCUUUCGCUGGGAAUGUACAGAGUUGCGUGGCCGCGCCACGAGAGAAUCGUCUUGUACAGAUGCCGAGUGCGUUUCCGGGCAACGAUUUCCAAGGAUAUUUGGCUGGCGUUGAGGAUUUUGCGCGUGGGGAAAAGGGGAUACCGAGUCAAGGCGUUCCAGGGUCUUCUCCCACUGUUGCAGAGGGGAUCUCGUCCUUUAGCGCUCCUGGGGCAUUUCCUGAGGAACCAGCGAAGUACAUUAUCGACCUGCCUAAGCUUGCUGCUGCUGACUUGACCACUAGCGCCGUAACAUGUGGCAACUGGCUUGCGCAGACACGCCAGGUUUUCGCGGGGCUUUCGCCGUCAGCGUCUGUUUGGUUCAGCUCGGUUGAGGGCGCGGCUAAUGCAAGCUAUCAGCGUUGGCUUGUAGCAGAUCCGUUGGAACGGUUAGCUCUCGAUCCCUCCACGGUUGUUGCUCACUAUGAUGCCGUCAAGCAAAGUAGGUGCUUGGCUUGUGGUCAGAGCGGACACUACCGGCCGGACUGUCCGAUUGUCCCAGCAGAGCUCAGACCGGUGCUGCCAGAGGGUGGAUCGCCAAGUGCAAGCGCAAAGGUUUUGAGGGUUGGCGAGUGGAACAUAGAUGAGACUUGGCUCUGUAGCGCUGUGAGUGCAUCCAAUCUUGAGUAUGCCUUGAUUGACUCUGGUGUCACUGAAUUGCACGUCAACGAGUAUGGGACCUUGCUUAGCCCUGUUGAUUGCCAGCUCAUAUUGCCUGCCGGGUACUUAGUCAGUAUGGGUUACCGCCUGAAGAAGUGGAAGGGCUCCGUGAGGCAUAUGGGUUGUCGCCAGCGGAGUCAUUGGCGAUCUCGGAUCACCACCUUGUACUCUUUGAGUGUCGACAUUGCUGGACCGUUCAAGGAUGGUCGCAGUUUUGACCCGAUUGCGUCUGGCAGGGAUCGUGGACGUGGCUAUAAGUACUUCAUUGCUGCAGCGUACUCGAUACCCUUGAGUCCCGAGUUGCGACCUGAUUUGAGUCCUCCGGAUGAUCUAGCUGAGUAUUGUCCUUCUGAGUGUGAGCAAGAAGCUGCAGGGGUAGGACCUAUAGCAGAUGAGGCGUCUGAGGAUUGCUCUGAGUGGCUGGACGGGGUACAUGAGCAGCUCCUGGCCCUGAUUUACCGGGGAACGCUGCAGACGGGGCAGAAGAGGUUGGAGUCGUUUGGGUACCCUGUUCACCGCUACUUCGCAGACCGUGCUAAAGAGCUGAGGAGCCAUGCUUUGAUUCAGUGGCUUCGAGAACGCGGCAUUCGUGCCUCAUUUACCGCAGGAGAGGAUCCUGCUGGAAAUAAGGCAGAGGCCAGUGUCCAGCGGUUGAAGCAAGAUGCCAGGAAACUCCUUCGCGUUGCCGAUCUGCCAAUCGAGUUUUGGCCAUUUGCUAUUCUUCAUGCUUCGCAAAGACACUUUGUGCAAAUGGCUGAGGCUUUGGGUGUGGGACAGGCUGUCCUUUUACCGUUUGGGGUAUGGUUGCAUGCGCGAAAGCGUUUGAAGUCGGGUCAUAAGAAGCAUUGGGAGACACGAACUGUUCCGGGCAAGUACCUGGGGGUUGCAACUGAUUGUGCUGGUGGGCACCUGGUGUUAAUCCAGGAUGGGUCCGAGCAGCGUGUUUUGCUAACCAACACUGUCUACCCUGUUGAUCCUUUGACAAUGGCCAACCGGUCGCUCUUCUGCUGCCAGGUUGAUGGUACGACCGUGAAGCUUCUCUUUGGAGAUUCUGGUGUUUGGCUGGGAAAUAAGCUUGAGACUGGUGACUACAGCACGGUUGAGGCCUUAGAGGAUAGGUGGGUGAUUGCUGCCUAUGCUCCUCGGGGUGCAUGGAAGAUUCUGAACGAAUACGCUCAUGAGCUUGAGAGCUUGGGGUUCGAUUCUAAAGGGUUGGAUCACCUUUUCGCUGCAGAGCGUGCUUCGAUUUCAAAGUUUAAUGCUGAGGGUGAUGAGGACUUGACCUCUGAGGGGCUUUGGGAAGUUGAGUUUCCUUGUGAAGUGUUGAAGCCUGGUUGGCGUGAGCACGCUUUAAGAAAUCACCUGUCCUCAGCUUUGGCGUGUAAGGCCCUUGUGAAGGAGCUUAGCUGUUUUGGAAAUGAUGAUGUAGGCUACGAAUUGAUUCGGACCUUGAAGUCGGUUGAAUGCCAGCGCGAGUGGUAUGAGGGACUUCUGUGGGAUGACUUUGUCAGGAAUUCUGGGAGUAUGUUAAAGGCUUUGAAUCAGGAUGUUCCUCUGAACCCGGAAGACCAAACCAGCCCUGCCGAAGCUUUUCUCCAGACGAGGACAGUAAGCUUAGCUGAGGCAAAGGGUGAAUUGGUGCUAUGGAUACCUUCGGCUACUGAGGAAGUUGUCUCUUUGGAACAAACGAAUGAGGCUGUUGAGCGCAUUGUCGUGUCGGACAUUGAGCGGUUGAUUCAAGAAGGAAAAAGGGUAACCCAGGUUCCAGGAAAGGCAGUCCUAACAAGGAAGGCUGGUGUUGGGAAACGCCGAUUCAGAUGCGUCGCGUGUGGGAACUACAUCCCCACUGGCUCUCCUGAUUCCAACAACCUUUAUGCGAGUGGCGUUGAAAGCUUGACUGUCAGAACGGCAUUAGGUUUUGCUGCUUACCGUGGUUGGGCAGCUUUGAGCGCCGACAUAAGGACGGCCUUCCUUCACGCGCCGUUGGACGGCGAGCUUGAGUCCGAAGAAAUUAUCAUUGUCAGGCCUCCAUCUAUUCUUGUAGACAUGAAAAUUCUUUCCCCGAAUCAUCGAUGGCGCGUGCGUAAAGCACUGUAUGGGUUACGACAAGCUCCCUUGGCUUGGGCCCGGUUCCGAGAUAAGUCAUUGCGGGUGCUGACCUUUCAGUGUGACGGUGCAUGGUAUGCCUUGCAGCAGGGUGUCAGUGAUGAUUCGCUUUGGUUCAUCACUAAAAGCGAGAUUGCCGAGGAUGACACUGAGCGUUGGCAUGGCAUCUUGAUCAUUUACGUUGACGAUCUUUUGGGUUUCGCUUCAUCGGUGAUCCUUAGUGCCCUUUUCGAUGAAAUACAGAAGCUGUGGAAGCUUUCGGAACCCGAGUGGAUUCGGGAGGAGGCUGCCACUAAGUUCUGUGGGUUGGAAAUCCAGGCCCUACAACGAGGAGGGUAUCGCAUAUCGCAGGUUUCCUAUUUGCAGGAGCUUUUUGCAAGAUACGACGUCACAAGCAGUGCAAGUGCGCCCUUGAGUAAUUGGACUGAUCCGGAAAAUGAGCAACAGGUGCAGUUGGAGACUGUCCGGAAGGCGCAAGCCCUGACAGGUGCUUUGCUUUGGGCUUCGUCGAAAACCAGACCCGAUAUUGCUUUUGCUGUCAGUAAACUUGGGCAAUAUGCUGUGAAGGCGCCAAGCAUUGUGAUUGAGAGCGGGCUUCAAAUCCUGCGCUACUUGUAUGGUACGGCGGACCUGUGGCUGGAAUACCAGAAGCCAAGCGACAAUUCCUGGCUCGACGCUCCGGUUCCUCGAACUUUAAAUACUCUGGAGUUGUACACCGACGCUUCCCAUGCCCCUAACGGGGGGCGAUCUUGCCAAGCGAUGGUCAUCCUAUGGGGAGGAAAUGUGUUAUGCUGGGAAUCCUGUCGUCAACCGUUUGUGACUCUGUCCUCUACGGAGGCAGAGCUAGUUGCAGUCACCGCCGGAAUAGUUGCUGCAGAAUCAAUUGGGGGCAUCAUUGAGGAAAUGAUCGAGUCCGACAUCACGGUCUCUGCCUUGUGUGAUAACCAGGCAGCGGUAAGGAUUCUUCAGCUUGCUGAGCUAAUGAAUAUGCGAAUGAGACUUUCGCCAGCUGGGGCAGAUGAUUCGAGUGAUAGGCGCUGGGUCGUACUUCUCUAUGUUCUCUGGUUAGUCCUGGGCGGCGUUCUUCCUAGUUCUGCAGAGGUAGUAACCUAUGGGGAU